UGGGGGACUAGUGAGCGCGUCGCACAGCUGUCCGGAGGAGAGCAGCGGAGCCUGGAAGCGUCUGAUCCGAGAAGGUGUGUCGUGUCCUCCGGUUCUGCUCGUAUCACGAUGCAGCUCUCAGUCAGACUGAGUCUCUGCCUGCUGGGCUUCGUUCUCGUCUCUGUGUGCCCUCAGACAGCGCAAGGCCAAGUUUCAUCACCACGGAGGUUUCGCGCCAAAGUGCUGAGCCCCACCAAGCUGCAUGUGUCUUGGAAAGAACCAAAAGGAGAGUUUGAAAGCUACAAGGUCCUUUACAGCACACGGCCAGGUGAAGGCCAGAAGGUGGUCGAGGUAUCAAAGCAGGACGCGAAGCUCAUCAUCGAAAACUUUGACCCGUCGAAAGAAUACAACUUUAAGAUCAUCGCAGUCAGAGGGGGAAAGGAGAGCAAGCCUCUUCAGGCCAAACAUGAAGCUCAGCAAUCAGCUGUGGAAAUGACUCAGUCCCAAAAGAGACAAAGCAGCGGCGCCAACGAGGAAACCAACGAGAUCUCAGAAGAGGGAUUCAUGUGUAAGACUUCCGCCAUCUCCGACAUCGUGAUCCUGGUGGACGGCUCCUGGAGUAUCGGCCGCAUCAACUUCAGGCUGGUGAGGACGUUCCUGGAAAACCUGGUCCGAGCCUUCAACGUGGAGUUCGACAAGACCAGGAUCGGCCUGGCUCAAUACAGCGGAGACCCCCGCAUCGAGUGGCACCUGAACGCUCACACCACCAAGGAGGCUGUGAUCGAUGCGGUGAAAAACCUGCCGUACAAAGGAGGAAACACUCUGACAGGUCUGGCUCUGACCUUCAUCUUGGAGAACAGCUUCAAGCCAGAGUCUGGAUCCCGACCCGGCGUUCCCAAAAUCGGAAUCCUCAUCACAGACGGGAAGUCCCAGGACGAUGUGAUACCUCCUGCGCAGAGCCUGAAGGAUGCUGGGAUAGAACUGUUCGCCAUCGGUGUGAAAAACGCUGAUGAGAAUGAGCUGAAGGCCAUCGCCUCUCCUCCGGAGGAAACCCACGUCUACAACGUGGCAGACUUCAGCGUGAUGAGCGACAUCGUGGAAGGACUCACCAAAACCGUGUGCGACCGCGUGGAUCAGCUCGACAAGCAGAUCAAAGGUAACGGAGAACCCGCCCCACCGCCGACCUCCGUGGCUCCACCUCGUGACCUCGUGACAUCCGCGAUAACGGCUCGCAGUUUCCGGGUGUCGUGGACUCACGCUCCGGGCCAGGUGGAGAAAUACCGAGUGGUCUACUACCCCGCCAGCGGAGGACAGCCAGAGGAAAAGGUGGUCCAGGGGACGGAGAACAGCGUGGACCUCAACUACCUGAACUCUCUGACGGAGUACCAGGUUGCUGUUUUCGCCAUCUACCGCAGCUCCGCCAGCGAAGGCCUGAGAGGGAGCGCCACCACAUUGGCCCUGCCGAUGGUCAACGACCUGGAGCUGUUUGAUAUCACGCACAGCACCAUGAGGGUCCGCUGGAAGAUCGCCGCCGGGGCUUCUGGGUACAUGAUCCUGUACGCGCCGCUGACGGAGGGAGACGCUGCAGAUGAGAAGGAGGUGAAGGUGUCGGACUCGGUGAACGAGGUGGAGCUGGAGGGUUUGACUCCAGCGACCGAGUACACGGUGACUGUUUACGCCAUGUACGGGGAGGAGGCCAGCGACCCGAUGACCAGCCAGCAGACCACAUUACCACUGAUCCCUGCGAGGAACCUGCGUUUCUCAGACGUGGACCACAGCUCCGCCCGGCUCACGUGGGACUCGGCCUCCAGGAAGGUCAAAGGUUACCGAGUCAUGUAUGUGAAGACCAAAGGAGUCCAGACCAAUGAGGUGGAUGUUGGCAGCGUGACAACCUGGUUGCUAAGAAACCUGACCUCCCUGACCGAGUACACAGUCGGCGUCUUUGCCAUCUACGACGAAGGACAAGCCGAGGCCGUGACCGACAGCUUCACCACCAAGACUGUCCCGGACCCGAUGGAUCUGAGCAGCAGUGACGUCUCCACAGACAGAUUCAGGGUGUCGUGGAAACACCCGGCUUCGGACGUGGUGCUGUACCGACUCAUCUGGACACCCACCGACGGAGGAGACAGUGAGGAGGUUCUGGUAGAUGGGAAUAUCAACACCUACGUGAUAGACGGACUCAGCCCCUCCACAGAGUACGAAGUCCUCCUGGCCGCCAUCUACGCCAACGAGGUCGAGAGUGACGAGGUGAUCCUCGUCGAGACGACUGUUGAAAGAACGACCACCGUGGCUACAACCACCAAGACCACAGCAGCUCCUCGUUACGGAGUGAGGAAUAUGAGGGUCGAUGAGGAAACCACCUUCAGCCUGCGGGUGUCCUGGCAGGCUGUCGACUACAGAAACGUCCGAAAUUAUCGACUGAGCUACAUCAGCGUGAAGGGAGACCGGGCAGAGGAGACGAGGACGGUGCCCACCGGUCAGAACAGCCUGGUCCUGCAGCCUCUGCUGUCAGACACGGAGUACAAAGUGGCCGUCACUCCUGUCUACGCCGAUGGAGACGGACCGACGGCCUCACAAAUGGGACGAACACUUCCACUUUCGGCUCCUAAGAACCUGCGCGUGUCAGAGGAAUGGUACAACCGCUUCAGGAUCAGCUGGGAUGUUCCACCUUCACCCACCAUGGGCUACAGAGUCGUCUACCAGCCCCUCUCAGGCCCCGGACGGGCCCUGGAGACCUUCGUGGGGGAGGACGUGAACACCAUGCUGAUCGUCAACCUGCUGAGCGGGACGGACUACAGCGUCAAGGUGAUCGCGUCCUACACCACCGGAUCCAGCGAGGCCCUGUCAGGGAGAGCCAAGACCU